UUAUGCAAUCUCUCUACCUUAAUUUCCUCGAGUGUGCCACCAGGCAGGAUGCCACACAGGUCACGCAAAUUACUCUCAUCACCACGAAGGCUCUAACUACGACUAAAACGCUUGAACUUAUUGUUGACACCACGGAGGCUCACGGCCGCCUGUCUGCUCGUCUCGACUCUCGCUCUUUCGUUACGCGCACGGUUGCCAACUUAAUGCUAGGGGAAAUGAUGAUAGUAUUUGUUUAUGAUACAGCGAGGUGUAGUAAAGAGGAAGAUGAUCCAGCAGAAUCUGUUGUGUACUUUCACCCAUCUUGGGUAUCUCCUACGCAAAGAAUGGCUUUGUCAGGACAGUUAAUGGGUGUCAAUCAAUUUUUGUCAACCAGUUUUGCUUCUCCUUGCAUAAUAUCACUACAAGGUGGUAAAUUCGUCAUGAAGAGACUUGGACAGUAUCUACUAGCAGUAGGCACAGACCGAAAUAUUCAAGAUUGGAUUAUACAAAGGCGAGCAAAUACUUUGGAAUCCUUAUUGAAUUUUUUUCAUUGUGAUCUUGAAACGAUAUCAUGUUUGUUUAAUAAUGAAAGGAACAAAUUUACAGAAAAGUUAUAUCAGAUAUUUGAAACAUAUUUGCCGAUUUUACAAUACAGUGCCAGCUUAUUUUCCAGUAUUCCGGCCUUAAAGUUUCCGCGGAGUGCCAGCAAUGUUUUUUUAGAGGCGAUUCACAUUUUGCAAAACUGUCAGGAAACAAGCGGCAUUGUAGGAGGAGCUCUUUUUUACAAUAAUAAAGUUGUGGCAUCUCAAUUAGGUGCUGAAAUAACGAAGCAAUUAGUCUUAACGGAUUCAUACCGAAUUAAGACUCCUGCUGAGAGAAUAACCACAGCGUUCCAUUUACCUGUUGGUGUUCAGCUACUGCACGUUUAUGUAGAACAAAAAGAAAUCAACGAAAUUAUUCAGAAUUCAAAUACAGAACGGAGUUACUGUUAUCACUUGGCAUCUUCUGUAAAGAAAACGAUGCCUAAUAAAAAGGGUCUUCUUAAAAUUAAUUCCAAGGAUCAGCCUAUUUUGAUGAAACGUGAUACUUCACGCAUUUUUACCGUUCCCGAAGAAGAAGAAUUUGAAUCAAGCCACUACAGUGCCCCUUUUUUAAGUUUUUCCACGUUAUCAACUGCAUUAUGUAAUUCACCUACCAAGCGAAAAGAUGAAUGUAAAAUAGACUAUUCAAAGCACACGGUUCCUACGACCCCGAGUAUUUGCUCUACUCCUUUGAAAGAUGUCAAUCGUGUUUUGCAUGGUACAAUUGUAUCUAUAUGUAACACCAUCGAGGAGGCAGGAAAACAAUUAGAGAUUGCAAUAAAACCUGAACCGCGGAAGGAAAAUACGGAUGAUAUUCCAGAAAUUGUCAAAGAAGCACUUCGUUAUAAGCAGCUAAAUCAAUUCAAAAAUGUUGUUAGAAAUGAAAAGUUUAUCAAGUACAGAGAAAAUAAAAGAAGUCUAAGCUUAAGCGACAUUAAAGAUUCUACACACAUGCAUUCAAAUUGUAUAUCACUAAAAAUGUACAAAUUAGGUCAGCAAGGGGUGAAACCAAUUUUUGACGCCAAUUUUGAUUCAGAUGCAUCACGACGAAAAACUUGGUCGAAAAAGAAUUUUUUUAACACAAUAACAGAUCCUUACUAUCCAGUAUUUCGAGAGAAUGGUCAUCCAGUCUCUCAGUCGCUAUAUAACCAGUAUAUUUCUUCUCACUAUGAAGAAAUUGAUCAUACUCCUAAAAUAUUUUGUUCUAGUAUUGAUCCUUUGUCGACUUUAUUCAAAUUACGGAAUAAGUGUGUCGACUUUACGGAAUUUGACAAAUUUUCGAAAGAUUGCCUUACAAAACAAAAAUCUAACACUAUCUUGGAUGUGAAGUUAGCAAAUAAAAACAAACAAGAGGUAUGUCGCAGAUCUAUGAGCCUUCCAUUGAAACCAUUAAAUAUGCUAGACAAUGAAGGGCGAAGGAAAUCAAUAUCAGAAUAUAAUAACGCUUUUGAAAUGCAACCAAUAAGAAAACACGAUGGCUUACAAUUAACUCCUUUAAUGUCAAAAUUAAGCCUUAUAGCAGACGAAGAAACAUAUGGUUUUUAUAGUAGAGAAACAACACCAAGUGAUUUUCGUGAAUCAUCUCAUUUGUUUGUUGCAGAAAAUUGUACAAUUAAGAAUAAAGUGGACACCGUUUAUAAAGAGGGCAUUGUCAGUGACGCUGAAAUUAAAGAAUUGAUAGCAGCAAGGCAAGAUAAAAAUUUUCUUCAGAAAACUGAACUAUUUUUGUGUGGCCAUCAAAAUAUGGUUUUGGUUUUGCUAAUGGAAAACGACACAUGUUCCAACCCGGAGCUGAUUCAUUCUCUUGUCUGAGGAUACAGUUGUCUAUGGUAAACAGUGUGGAAAAGUCGAAGUAUAUUACCAACAAUCGAUGACAUUCAAUCCAUCCGGUGGACUUCCAACGCCUGCGGACUUGAUGGGAAUAGUCCCCCUUAAAGCAAAACGGAGAGCUGAGAGAGAUCAUGGAAUUAUAAUAUUGUAAAUGAUAAAUAAAAUUCACGCCAGUUUUCUGAUUUUAUGGAGACCGUGUAAUUAAAAACCAGGGCUUAUGUUCGUUACUAUUAUAUCAGUAGCGUAAAGAAUUAUGUUGUUAGUGUCCUAAUGUUCUCAGUAACGAUAGAGAAAAUAUAUAAUGAAGAAUUUUUCAUAAAUGAAACAUUUUAACUCUGCGAAACAGAACUACGAUCUUAGCCGGAGUAUUCUACAUUAGGUAUGAAGGAGCGAUAGUGGGGCGUUAUUAAAAUAUAUCUCUACACUGGCGCUUCUCAAAUCUAAAAGUAUAGGAGAAAAUUAAAAAUUUGAAAACCGCUAAAAGCAAUCCUGUCACGUGAGACUUACCCGUUGCCGCAGCUAUCUUUCGUAUAGUUUUCAAUCUUAAAAGUUUUACUGUGCUUCGUCUGAUAAUCAAAAUUUAACGAAAUUUUUAAGGUGAAAAGCUUUUUAUCUCGAUGAAACUUCAUGAUAUUGUAUAACUGUGAAUUUUUAUUCUACUGGUCAGUAAGUUUGUUCAACAUAAGCAGGAAUAUGGUCUGACAAAUUCAGCAACACGUUUUAAUUUAAGUUUUGCCUGAUUAUUUUGUUAUCUCUUUUUUUGUGCAAUUUUCUUGGUGUUUUCCAACAUCGUGGGAGUGCUGAAGUACUUUAAUGGCCAAAAAACGCUAGGGAAAUUUUUUGACGAUAAAAUUUUUAUUUUUAGUUUUUUAUUUAUUUUGUUUUGUUUAUUAUUUAUCGAAAUUGCGUAUGGCCGAUAUUCUUUCCUAGCAUAUAAAAAAACAUCAAUAGAUAAAUAAAAUAAAUUUCAUGC